AAAUGGAGAACUUCCAGAAGGUGGAGAAGAUCGGGGAGGGCACCUAUGGUGUCGUAUACAAAGCCCGCAACAAGGUGACAGGAGAGGUGGUGGCACUGAAGAAGAUUCGGCUGGAUACGGAGACAGAGGGCGUCCCCAGCACGGCCAUCAGGGAGAUCUCACUGCUGAAGGAGCUGAACCACCCCAACAUCGUCAAGCUGCUGGACGUGAUCCACACGGAGAACAAGCUGUACCUGGUGUUCGAGUUCCUGCACCAGGACCUCAAGAAGUUCAUGGACUCGGCCUCGCUGGGCGGCAUCCCGCUGCCCCUCAUCAAGAGCUACCUGUUCCAGCUGCUGCAGGGCCUGGCGUUCUGCCACGCGCACCGCGUGCUGCACCGCGACCUCAAACCCCAGAACCUGCUCAUCAACGCCGACGGGGCCAUCAAACUCGCCGACUUCGGCCUCGCCCGCGCCUUCGGGGUGCCCGUGCGCACCUACACCCAUGAGGUGGUGACGCUCUGGUACCGCGCCCCCGAGAUCCUGCUGGGCUGCAAGUACUACUCCACCGCCGUCGACAUCUGGAGCCUGGGCUGCAUCUUCGCCGAGAUGAUCACCCGACGGGCCCUUUUCCCGGGGGAUUCGGAGAUCGACCAGCUCUUCCGCAUCUUCCGGACGCUGGGAACGCCAGACGAGGCGGCGUGGCCGGGAGUCACCUCCAUGCCCGACUACAAACCCAGUUUUCCCAAGUGGGCGCGCCAGGAUUUCGGGAAGGUGGUGCCGCCGCUGGAUGAGGACGGGCGCAAACUGCUGGCGCAAAUGCUGCACUACGACCCCAACAAGCGGAUCUCAGCCAAGGCGGCGCUGGGACACCCCUUCUUCCGCGAUGUCACACGUGCCGUCCCCCACUUGCGUCUCUGAGUGCCCGGAGCCCCCCCAAACCCCCACCCAGGCCCUGCUCUGGGCAGAGUGCCCCCCGCUGCUGCUGGAGGGGUCCCUCCAAUCCCCCACCGCACCCGGACUUUCGGCACUUACUGCACCGCCGGGGGGGAGCCCAGGACCAGCACUGGGGGGGCAGUACCGUGUCCCCCACCCCAUGGGAUUUUGCUUUCCCCAGGGGUGCAAUAGGGGCUCCCCCCAGAGCCUGCUCCCCCCUCCCCCCAAGUUCUUUUA